AUGGCUUCAGCUGCGACGCAGCGCGCUACACCUUACAGCGCAACCGGCGACGGCAACCGGCAGUCACAGGCGAUAGAAAUAGACGGCCAGCAGUCGCAAAACGCCUUUCCGACGUCGCACGAGCAGCAAUCGCAGCAACAGGCGCGGCGGCAGUUCAAGGGGAGGAAGCGGACGUGGGUGGAAAACGCGAUCUACCUGCUGCUAGGCUGCGUGGUUCUGUACCUCGGCGAUGGCUCCGUGCACUUUCUAGACGUCCUCUUCCGCGACCCGCGCAUCCGAUGGCGGCCGCUCCAGGCGGCAGCGGCGUGCGCGGCGGUGAACAUCGGCAUCUACCUCUACGCCGCGGUCUUCCUGCGCCUCUUCCGCCGCGACACGCGCUCCUACCACCAGUCCGCGCCAGGCGCCGUGGCUGCGGCCACGGCUGUGGGACUCGCGGCUUACAUUCUGUGCUGCAUUGCCUUCUGGUCCGUCUGGGGCAUUCUCACCCUGCCCAUUCUUUGGGUACUAUUCAUGGUUUUUGCCAUCAUUACGUCAUACCUGCCGCCAUUCAAAGUGCGCCAAGACUGA